UUUUGUAUUAUAGAUUGAAGCAACCCAUUUCUUUCAUUCACCAGAGGCUGAUGAAGCUCUACUUUGGCAGAUAUGUACCAUCCUAGACUGCAUCCCACUUAACAUCAGAAAUGUUGGAGCCAAAAUUACUAGAACCGCACCACCGCCUCGAAAAACUUUUUAAAAACCAAACAUUGUGACGCACAAUACAAAGCUUUCGAAAUUAAUUAAUAUUUUAAAUUCAACAUUGUAACAAUUACUUUUGGAAGCGUAAUUAUUGUCGGUAUUGUAUUUAGAAUUUUGUCUAUUCUCUACUUAAUUGUAAUAAGAUAGUUAUUAUUUUUAUAUGGAGCGAUAAAUAUUUCGAUUGUCUCCUGUUUGGAGAAAGGAUUGUUGUUACAGAAACUGUGUUGAUAAAAGCGAAGCUUAUCUGUUAUAUUGAAAUAAAAAUAAUUAAAAAAUGUCGUUAAAUUAGGUGCUAUUUAGGACUCGAUCAACUCUAAUUUCCGUAACGAAUUGGAAAUGGAGCCAUACUCUGACGAUUUGCUAUGGUUGGUGAUAUGCGGUUUCGUGGUGGCAUUUAUCCUGGCGUUUGGCAUUGGCGCCAACGACGUGGCCAACUCCUUUGGAACCAGUGUUGGCUCCAAGGUGCUGACAUUGACGCAGGCGUGUAUUCUCGCGACCAUCUUCGAGAUUGCUGGGGCAGUGUUGAUUGGCUACAAAGUGUCCGAUACAAUGCGUAAGGGCAUCCUCGACGUGAAUCUUUAUACGGAUGGCGGCGAACACCUUCUGGCGGCCGGGUGCCUUGCCGCGCUCAUUGCCAGCGCAGCUUGGCUCAUCGUGGCCACUGCCCUACGCCUGCCAGUAUCUGGCACCCAUUCUGUGGUGGGCGCUACCGUGGGGUUCACUCUAACUGCCAAAGGCCCUAUUGGAGUGCGUUGGUCUACGCUUGGAGCUAUUGUGGCAUCGUGGUUCAUCUCACCUGUUCUGAGCGGGACAGUGUCAGCAGCGCUGUACUGGCUGGUGCGCCGGUUCAUCCUCCGAGCUCCCCAGCCCCUCACUGUCGGUCUUCGGGCGCUGCCAUUCUUUUACGGGGCUACCAUUGCUAUUAACGUGCUCAGCGUGGUGCAUGAUGGACCUAAAUUGUUGGGGAUGGACAAAAUUCCACUAUGGGGAGCAUUGUUAGCAUCAGUGUCGCUGGGCGUGAUAAUCGCAGGCUUCGUGCGUGCGUUUCUAGUUCCACACUAUCGUAAGAAACUCUCAUCAACUCCAGUCAAUUUUACUUUAGGAUUAUCGAAUGAAACGACGCCAGCCAAUACUCCAACGCAUUCUAAUAAAACUAGCGUCCCUCAACGUCCAACGUCGCUGCUCUCCGAAGAUGGGAAAGUUCUAGAAGCUAUAGCCGAGAGCGCUGAAAUGGUAACCCUGAGUGAUGCCGACAGGGUUUCCAUAGGGGUCAAAGAAAUGAACUUACGAAACCGCGCUUUACUGGCCACCAUGGAUGACUGCAGUAUCUUAUCAAGGAGCUUAAGCCCACCCAACAAGUCUCGACUGCAACUGAUUGACGCUGAUCCGCAAAUUAAUACUCUAAAGUACAUAGAUGAAACCCUAAGUUGCUGUAAAAGUUUGGACUCGUCCCAGCUGGCAGGCAUGGGCGAGAGCUACGAUUCUAGAAACGGUUUUUUUGGCGGAUCAUGCGACACCAUUGCACGUGGAGAGUUCGAUCGAUUUGCGGCUGCUAGAGUAGUUCCGACUACUGUAGAGUUCGAUACGCCUCCUCCUAGGGUGGACAAGGCUCCAGAAGGCAGCGCAUGGAGCAUCGACUGCGACGCGCGGACCACCAAGCUGCCAGCCAUAACGCCCAAUUCCAGCGCGGCACCGCUGCUACGAGCCUGCACCCCGCCGCCACCUGCGCCGGCGCCGGCGCCCCCUCCAGACACGCUGAAGCUAUUCUCGUUCCUACAAGUGCUGACGGCUACUUUCGGCGCGUUUGCACAUGGGGGCAAUGACGUCAGCAACGCGAUCGGUCCCCUCGUGGCUCUAUGGCUGCUGUACUCAGAAGGCGGCGCGCACGCCAAGGCCGAGACUCCGUUGGCCAUCCUCGUCUUCGGCGGAGUGGGCAUCGCGUUAGGCCUGUGGCUGUGGGGACGGCGCGUCAUCCGCACCGUGGGCGAAGACCUUACCAGCAUCACGCCGGAUACGUAA